AAACUUAUAAAUUUGAAAAAAAAAACCCAUCAAUGGAUUCUCAAUUGGUCUAAAUCUCAUCUUCGUUAUAUUCAAGCUCUUAGGUGAAGAACCAUCAGAAAAAAUGGUCGCGCCAUUAGUAGCAGGAAUGGCUAUAGCCGCUGCUGCAUAUGCUUCAAGGUAUGGAGUCCAGGCAUGGCAAGCAUUUAAGGCCAGACCUCCCACUGCGAGAAUGCGCAAGUUUUAUGAAGGAGGUUUUCAGCCUACAAUGAACAGAAGGGAAGCAGCUCUGAUUCUUGGAGUCAGGGAAAGCACUGAAGCAGAUAAAGUGAGGGAAGCACAUAGGAAGGUGAUGGUAGCUAACCAUCCAGAUGCAGGAGGUAGUCACUACCUUGCUUCUAAAAUAAACGAGGCGAAAGACACUUUACUUGGGCAGACAAAGAGCAAUGGAUCCGCGUUCUAGGCUACACGAAAUUUUUGCUGGUGCUUAGACAUUCCAAAUCCAAGAGUCUUUAGGCAAAAAAUUAGACACUAGAACAUUGAGAAUACAUUAUAAUUCUUCUAAAUGAAAAAGAUGUACAAGUUACAACUAGUUUGUUUUAAUUCUAAGCAAGCUUGAGAAGUCGAUUAUAUGAA